AUGACGAUAGCUGAGUGGCCAAUAAAACAUGGCCGAACGCCAUUCUUUCCGCUUCGCCCAAUGCAUCACCGGCCUGUCAGCCGAGAUUCCGACGAAACAGCUAGUGAAUCUUUAGAAGAUGAAGGUGAAGACUGGAUACCGUUUGGUCGACGGGAUGACCUGGAAAAGUCACGAUUACCUAUGUAUCGUCCACCACGACCCCCACCACCCCCGCCGCCGUUCUACUAUCCACCAAGAACACCACCACCUCCACCACCACCACCACCAUAUCUACCACCUUCGCCGUACUAUUUUCCGCCGAGACCGUCACCAUUUAUGCCCCCACCUUUGCAGGAACCACCUCGCCGCCCACCACCACGAAGAGUGCUUGAUGACCAGGACACAGGCCUAGCGCCUCCAACGUUCGGUUCUGGAUCAUCGUGUUGCGGUCCGAAAACAACACCAGUGUCAUCAGCCUUACCUCCAUUAGCACCAAUCACCCCGUUAUCAUCAGUGGCUCCAAUAGCCCCAUUAUCACUAGCACCAGCACAGCCUGCUCCCCUGACCGUUCCCCUAUUCAGUGCUGCAGCCCCUCCUCCUGCACAACCACUUUUCGGUACCGCACCACUGCAACCGGCUCCCAUGACCGUUCCUCUCUUCAGUGCUGCACCUCCCCCUGUACAACCACUUUUCGGUACCGCGCCAAUGCUUGCUCCCUCCGUUCAACAACCAGCAUUUGGAGCUCCAGUGUUUUCUGCCGCCGCACCUACGGCAACUAAUUUUGAAGAAACCGUUGAAAGGGGAACGCUUCAGGUUUUUCUUUUAUUUAAUAUGGGUCGCCAGUGA